AUGAAACCGUAUUUUCCUUGGGUGGGAAACAAAUGUGACAAUGGUGAAUCACUGGUGCGGCAAAUACGCCGCACUGAAUAUGAUAUCCUUAUUUUCAGAUUAAGUAUUGACGUUGGACGAGCUGCACGAUGUCACGGAAGCUUACUCUCACGGCGACGAUCCUGCUGGGCGUGUCGUGGGGCGCUGCGGCGAAAGGUGACCCGUGCCUUGCUCACGAAUCGCUACGCUACAUCCACCCUUAAGGUUCCAACUUUGGACGGGUGCGCAUCCAUGAUGGAGGAUGCCCGUAUUUCUAUUGCAAAACGAGGGAUGAAACCUACUAUAUGUGACGACUUCAUCAUUCAAUUUAUUUUGUAUUUUUGGCAAGCUGGUGUUUACCAUUGGUGA